AAGUGGCUGGUUUCUCCGGGUCCGGCUGCCGAGGGCGCCUCUGAGCGUGGGCAGACAGCCUCGCGGGGGGGCGGGCAGGGGCUCCGCUUCCCCUUCCGCCUGGUACGCCCCCCCCGCGCCUCCGCUCUUCCCGCUGCGAAGAGGCCAGAAUGGCCGCCGCCCCCGCCUGGUGGCGCUGCUUCUUCCUCUACGACGCCUCGAAGGUGCGGGGCGAGGGCGACCCCACCCGCGCCGGGAUCUGCUGCUUCCACCCGCGCCAGGCCCCGCGCGAAGAGCAGGAGCUGCUGUGCGGGCAGAUCGCGGGGGUGGCCCGCUGCGCCCUGGAGAUCUCCGGCUGCCCGCCGGGCCUCAUCCGGCUGCGGAAGCUGAAGUUCGCGCUGGAAGCGCAGGGCAGCUACCUGUGGGUCCUGGGCUGCACCGCCGACCUCUCGGACCUCAGCUGCAGGCGGCUCCUGGAGCGGCUGGUCGGACUUUUCCGCUUCUACAACGGGCCGGCUUCCCGGGCCUACUUGGAGCGCUCACAGGAGGACCUUGACCAGGAGUGGGAACUGUACGUGAGCCACCUGCAGCAAAACUCCAGUGACCUCCACCGGGUGUUUAAUUCCCUCUGGGCCUUGGACAAAACCAAGGUGGACCCUUUACUCUUGUUGAAAGCUGCCCUCAUCCUGCAGAGCUGCCAGCGUUCUCGCCAUGUGCUGGCGGGCUGCAUCCUGUACCGGGGCCGGGUGGUCAGUACACAGCUGCCACCUGAGCUCACUGCCAGAGUUUUGCUGCAGAAGGGAGCAGAGGAUGGAAGCAGUGGGCCGGAAAAGGGGGCAGCGCAGCUCAAAGAGGGUGGUUCCCUGACCUCUUUUGCGCUGACAACUUUACCGCCAGGGGUCUGCGUCAUACCCGUUUACCUCUUGGAGGACGAAGCAGCCGCCCUGCGGGAACUGCCUGUAGAGUGGAUGACCAGGGAGUCCCAGGGGGACCUGGACAGCAGCAAAGGGAGUGAGACUCCGGCAGGAGGGGCAGAUGGAGCCCCCUUGGUGAGGAUGGCCUUGUACGUUCACCACAUCCGGGGCUUGGUGUUGGCCCUCCUGGCUGAAGAGGCCUUGGUGAGCUCCGGAGACUUCAUGGAGGACGUGUACCACAGCAGCCUGGCUUCCCUGAACGGCCUGGAGGUCCACCUGGCAGAGACCCUUCCCAAGGGCCCCCUCCCCUCGGCCAGGAGCACCUAUAACUUUGCUCACUACGACGCCAUCCAGAACAUCCUCACCACAUCGUUGAUGGCGCAACUUUUCCCUUCAGCCAACGUCCUGCAGACCACGAGCCCCGAGGACCAGCUCUUCCUGCAAGCCACUGGCCUGAUCCACGCCACCUUUGAGCAGCUGCCCACCGCCUCUGAAUUGACGCUCAGAAACGCCAGCACAGCUGUCUACGGCUGCCGGAACGCCGUCCAGGAGAGCUACUUUCAGCAGAGGGGUUCGCCGCCCUACAACUCGGGGGUGCCCAACCCCCGGGACAGCAUUGUCGGUCUGCCCAGCAAGGCCAGGCUGAAGCUCCUCAAGCACGGGGUGAACUUGCUCUGAGGUGGACUCCACGUCUAUCCAGGACUGCCUCAGUUCUGGUGCAGAAGCCUUUGAAGCCCACGGACUCCUUGCCACAUCUUCCCAAGGUGUGCCCUCUGGUGGCCCUGCCUGAAGGAGCUGAGGCCUCUUAGUCAAAGUGAGCAGCAUUCAGGUCCCACCCAACUUGGGUGUGGGGAGCGCUCUCUUGGGACUCUCUGCCCCUCCACCCUCCCCAGUGCCUACAAGUGCACCCCCCCCUUCAGGCUUGGGAGAGGCUCUUGCCCUGGCAGAGCCUUUGGAAAGUGACUUGGCUCCAGGCCAGAGCGUGACUUGGGGAGCGGCAGCAGUUUUGGGGGCCUUCCCCUCUUGGAGGCACUUUCUGAAUGGUGGCACCGAGAGGAGCCUUCCUCUGCCCUGCUCUCACCCAUGUUGCUGCUGGCACUCCUCCAGGCUUUCCUAUUUCCGAGGGGGUGGCGGAGGGGUUGUUGCUAAGAAAUUCCAGCCCGUUACCCUGCCUCGAGAUGGACUGAUGCCCAUUGCCACUCCCCGCUGUUCUGCAUUCUCUGGAAAUCUUUGUUCUAUAGAAAAGCACAGGCGGGGGGCUUGAAUAAAGGUCUGGGGGAGAAUAAAGCUGCCAUCUUCUGCU